AUGAUCGCCCUCACCUCGGACAGGAAGCGCACCGUCGCGCGGACAUGGACGGCUACAAUCUUAAUGAUGGUGCUGGCGAGCGACCUCGUCUCCGCCGCUGACCCUCUCUACAAGAGUAACUCGGGUCAAAAGUCAGUACCACACACCCAUCCAAUAAGGACCUAAGACCUCUAGCUGAUCCGAACCAAGAGAAAACUUUUUGCUUGCUCCCCCUACCCCCUGGAAACAGCUCGGCAUAUACCCCCGUCGCGGAGUACAAAAAGUACAGCGAGCACUGUGCGAUGAAACAGGUCGGUUCAUCCCGCGGGUGAAUCGUCAAACAGGCGAUGCAAUGCUAACCCCUCUUGCCCCUGCCUAGGUUCACCUCCUGCAGACCCCGGGCGCGCGCCAACCGGCCCCUAAUCCCUCAGCGUCGAUGCAAGCGACGCUAGCCAAAGUCAUCAACAAGACGCAUUACGCAAGGAGUGAGAUGGCUUUCCUUGCCAACUACACUUACAAUCUCGGCGACGAAGGAAGCUUGAUUCCUUUUGGCGCAAGCCAGUGAGUUUUCACCACACAAGUUGAUGACUACGGAUCGGGUUUUUUUCACCUUAGGCGGCUCCUUCGGACAGAAUUGGCAUGCUGAACUUGAAAUGCUUGGCGUGGGAUGGUUUUGUUCUUGUAGGUUGUACGAUGCAGGCUCCACCAUCGGCAAAAGGUACUGCUCCGGCCCUCUCGGAAAGGUGUUUUGUGGGACACCGUUCUUGCGCUCCUCGGUGGGUCCUCGUCCCGGCAUGUCUCUUUCCAUUGGUUGCUACCAAAUCAACGAGACCUAAAUUGUGCUCACCAUGCGUGGCCACCCAUCUUGAUACCAGUCUUCGACGAGGUUGCGCGAGUCAGCUGGCAAUUGGUCCGAAGGUUUCCUAUCAUCGCAGUAUACAAAGACCCCGAUCCAAACUUCGGUCAUCAUCUCCGAGACGAGCGACAGCCGCAACACACUCUCGAACAACUGCCCCAACUUGGUCAGCAUCGUUCCUGAUGCGCAGGACGAAUGGAGAGCGGUGUGGACUCCGGCUGUGGUACAGCGACUGCAGAGCGAAGAGAGCUACGGGUUGAACAGCACGGUCAGUCCCCGGUCGUAGGAGCGAGCGAAUUCUCACAGCACAUGAUACUAACCUCAAUAUGACUUUGCAGGACGUGCUCAACUUCGCCUACCUGUGUGCCUUUGAUUCGUACGCGAUCAAUGCCACCUCGCCCUUCUGUGGGCUGUUCAAAUCCUACGAAUGGGCCUACAUCGAGUACGACGGUGACCUCGACAAGUAUUACGGCAACGCCUACCCCGGCGCACCUUUGUCCCGCUCGCAAGGUGCAGGUUACGUCAACGAGCUCUUGGCUCGCUUGACCUCGGACCGUUCUUACGUCGACAAGGACACGACCCAAGUCAACCACACGCUCGAUUCGGACUCCAAGACCUUCCCGCUCGAUAAAAGUUCUACGCCGACGUCGGGUACAACAACCUCAUGCUAGCUGUAUUCGGGAUCCUAGGCUUUUUUCAAGACGAUCCCUUGAGCACGACCUUGCCCUGUCCCAUGAGGUCCUUCGUCUCGAGCAAGAUGGUGCCUUUUGCCGGGCGCAUGGUAGUGGAGAGUCUGGAUUGUAGUGGGGCGUUCGAGGGUGGAUACUGGGGCAAGAUCUUCAAGGGUCGUACCGAUUUUGUUCGUGUGAUGGUCAAUGAUCAGGCAAUGGAUCUCACUUCACUUUGCGGGCAGGUGAGUCGGGUCUUCAAGGCCGUUUCAAACGCUCGAGCGGAUCGUCUCAAGGAUCUCACACUAACUGAACUAUCUUUGAUGGUCAUGACAGUCCAAGGUGACCGAAAGAGGAACGUACUGCACGCGCUCGGCCUUUGUCGAAGCGCUCGCCAAAGCGAACGCAGUCGCAACCAAAGAAUUUGAGGGGUGUGGGUUCGGGAAAUGA